AACUCUAAAGUUCUCUGCUUGUUUUCUUUUUUUAGUUUCUUUUUCCUUUUUGCAAUAUGAGUUCUACAAUGUUUAAGGUUUUUAUGAUGUUGGGUCUUUUGGCCACCGUUUGCAUGGCUCAGGCACCAACAUCUCCGCCUACUGCUGCUCCGAGAUCCUCACCACCGUCAGCGGCGACUCCAACACCCGCUCCGACACCGUCCCGAACACCUUCUCCAGCUCCUUCAGCUGUCCCGACCCCAUCUCCCACCACUUCCCUUUCGCCUGCUCCAACCGCUUCUUCACCUUCUCCUUCCAUCUCCUCCCCUCCUACUGCAUCCACCCCAGGAGGCUCACCUGCACCGACUUCCGGGCCUUCGGCUGACCAAGGCCCUCCCCCCUCCGCCGCCUCCACCAACGGCGUCUUAAUCGUUGGAACCGUCGCUGCUACUUUCUUCGCCGCCCUUUUGGCUUAAGAAAGUGAGUUCCUGCUUUUCUCGAGGGUCUUGUUUUCUUGCUCUCCUUGUUCAUUUGUCUUAGAUUUUCAUUUUUCUCUUUUGGUUUUAACUUAUUUGUUAUGCAUCGUUGUUGUUUUUAAUUAUGAUUCUAUUAUUUUGGGUCUUAGAUUGGACGAUUGUAAAGAUUAAGCUGGUGCAUAGCUAUGGCACUGGAAUAAAACAGUUUAUUAUUCUUUCC